UAAACAGCCAAUCGAAGAUGGCAAUAUUUUGACUACCGACCUAACCUAACGCUUAGUUUAUUUACGCUAGCUUGCAACUAUUAACAUCUUAUUAGACACGAUGUAAAAGUUCGAUUACACGGUUAUUUGAGAGAGAGAGAGAGAAACCACAACAGUAAGUUGAUUUAAGACAACAAAAACGACAUACAUGUAGUAGGCUAACCUUUACAGUUUGGUCGGAAAGAAAACAAGAAUGACAUGUAGUAGGCUAACCUUUACAGUUUGGUCGGAAAGAAAACAAGAAUGACUAAGGCAGCCUAGCAGUGGUAAACCAACAUUCUGUCGUGGUCCAAAUGACCCGCAUGGACCAAAGACAUACUAUUGUCACCGUAUUACAAAUUGGGCUGCACGCCUUGAAUCUCAUUAGAUAGCGAGAGACAACCCUAUCACCAAGCCAUCAAUCUUUGCACCUAGCUCCUUUCCUCCGUUACCGAACUUUGCAGGCAACGCCGCUCUUCCGCAGGACGAUAACUCGGUCUGUCACUAACCUAGUCUCGAAAAUGCAUCUUAGUCUGCUGCUGGAAUCGCUCGACCUGAAGAGUCUAUUGCUUUUUCUUGUGAUAUUCCUUCUAAUUGCCGACUACCUGAAGAAUCGAAAACCCCCUAACUACCCCCCAGGGCCAUUGGCAUUACCCUUCGUGGGAAACAUCUUCAACAUCGAUUCCAAACAACCACAUAUUUACCUGACGAAGUUGGCUGAGGUUUAUGGCGACGUUUUUGCUUUGCGUCUGGGCCGAGACCAGCUUGUGUUCGCCACGGGCUAUAAGAUGGUGAAAGAGGCCCUUGUGGGUCAGGCAGAGAACUUUGUUGAUCGGCCCUUUAGUCCAAUGGGUGAAAGAAUGUACCCAGGAAAUGCGGGUCUGUUCUUAAGUAAUGGGCAGAGGUGGAAGACACAUCGCCGAUUCACUCUGACCACGCUCCGAAACUUCGGCUUGGGGAAGAAGACAAUGGAGAACGCCAUUUGUGAGGAAACCCGCUACCUUCAGGAGGAGCUGGAGGGGCAAAAAGGCGAUCCAUUUGAUCCAAGAGUUCUUCUCAACAAUGCCGUUUCCAAUAUCAUUUGUCAGAUGGUAUUCGGACGGCGGUAUGAUUAUACUGAUCAUACUUUCCAGAAGAUUCUUCAGUUGUUGAACGACUUAUUAUACGUAGAGGGAACAGUAUGGGCCCAGCUGUAUGAGGCCUUUCCUGCCAUAAUGAAGUGCCUGCCUGGGCGACACAAUGACAUUUUUGGCCACUUUGAACACAUCAGUGCUUUUAUAAGGGAAGAGGUGGAGAGACACAAGGACAGCUUUGACCCAAACAACCCCAGGGACUACAUUGAUGCCUACAUCACUGAGAUGAGAAGUGGUUCAUGUGUCCCCACUGAUGGCUUUGAUGAGACCAAUCUGGUUCUAAACUCACUGGACCUGUUUCUUGCCGGGACAGAAACAACCUCCACAACCCUGCUGUGGGCCAUGGUGUUCCUGAUCAAAUACCCAGAUGUACAGGAGAAGGUGCAAGCAGAAAUUGACAGUGUUAUUGGUCAGUCACACCAACCCAGCAUGGCUGACCGAGCCAACAUGCCCUACACUGAGGCUGUGGUCCACGAGAUCCAGAGGAUGGGGAACAUCGUCCCGCUGAACGCUCUACGAAUGGCUGAGAAGGACACAACACUAGGAGGAUACUUCAUACCCAAGGGGACAGCUCUGAUGACCAAUCUGACCUCAGUGCUGUAUGAUAAGUCUGAAUGGGAGACACCAGAUGAAUUCAACCCGGGUCACUUCCUGGACUCAGAGGGCAAGUUCAGGAGACGAGACGCCUUCAUGCCCUUCUCUGCAGGAAAGCGGGUGUGUCUGGGGGAACAGCUGGCUAGGAUGGAGCUCUUUUUGUUUUUCGUGAGCCUGUUUCAGAAAUUUAGGUUUUCCACGCAAGAUGGAGUCGAGUUAAGCCUGGAAGGAGAGGUGGGAGCCACACGCUGCCCUUACCCCUUCAAAAUCUUUGCACACACACGCUGACACACACACACACACACACACACACGCUGACACAGAAAUUACCUGUCCAGUACAUUUUGCUCAAAAACGUUCAUUUACAAAAUCUGUAACAGGAAAAUGGUUAAAAUAUGAUUGAUAGUAAUGUUAUGUGCUUAUAUUUUUAAUAACCUACACUGCUAUCGCUUAGAUGAACUGUCAAACUGAGUUUACUGAUAAUGUAUGCCACGGUAUGUAUUUGGUACUGCCAGUUAUCAGUAAGGAAAUCAUAGGCAAUCAAUUAUUUAACCAUCUAAUGCGUCUAGUUAUAUAACCAUAUCAUGCUUCUAGUUAUAUAACCAUAUAAUGUGUCUAGUUAUUUAACCAUAUAAUCUGAGAAAGGGUGGUGUGUAGGGUAGAGGUUGAAUUCUUGCCUUGGAAUUGUCUUUAUUAAGCAUUUCAAAAGCUUUUUUUGCCCCUAUGUUCAUUUCAAGUUCAAGUUUCAUGUUUGUGAGGUGUACAAGGAGUAGAAACAGAGAAAGGACAUUUUGUACACAUGGUUAGAAAAAUAAAUGACGUAAAAAGGGAAAUACAAA